AUGCGCCCCGCGGUGAAGAGUGCCUUGCUCAGCCUGCCCUGGAGUCAUGCCUUGGGGCUGAUGACGCUGUCGGAUGAGAUGAGCUUCAAUGCAUGCAUGCGAGCAGCCACUUGCUGGUGGUGGGCCUUUGCAGCACUGCUGGACAUGCGCCAGAGAGGCCUCCAACCGGACGUGAUCUCCUGGGACGCGGGCGUGGCCGCAUCCGCGCGGGCGGUCACCCAAGCACGCUGGCAGACGGUGCUGCAGCUGCUGCGUUUUCCCCUGGACGGCGCCUACAUGACGACCUUGUCCACGUUGCUCACGUCGCUGCUGCUGCAAGAGCGGCGGACGGAAGCGGCGAGCCUUCUUCAGGAAGUCCAAUGGGAAGGCAGCCAGGUCCUUCGCCCUCAGCGCGCCACGUGA